UCUCUGUCGUUUCGAUUUCUGUCUCGUCUGUAGGCCCUGCGAACCCCGUGUUGGCUUCGUACCACUCGAAACGUCGUCGAAACUCGUCGAGAUAGGCCUCAGGGAUCGGGUUAUUACCGAGCCAAACUCCGGAACGUGGUCUCGAAGCAUUCGCGGGGCACCAGGGAAGAAAAACUAAGGAGUGAGAGGAGGGAGGAGCUGCUUCAACUGCCCAGGGCCUCGCUGCCUCGCUGCCUCGCCGCCUCCGCCUGCGCUCCCGCCCGCCUGAGGAUCCUGCGCUGUUCUCUGCCCCACCAUCGACCAUCAAGCAUUACUCAACUCUCAGCCCAGCAAUUGAAGUGGCACUCAUCAAUCAACCGCGGCGGAACUACUGACAGCAUCUAGAGUCCGGCUCCCGCAAUCAUCGCCCAUUUCUCCUGUUGUUAAUUCCGGCUACCAGCACAGCUUUGUCACUAUUGCGCCGCUAAUCGCCCAUCCCACCGCAUAUUGACAGAACACCAUCUCAAAUAAAUUUUUGGUCGACCGCCUCUGUUGAUCUCACUCUUCUCUCUAUCCCAUUCCUUCCCUAGCACUCCCAGCUGCUUCAAUCACCAUGGCCGACACAAUCAUUCAUGCCGAAGAGCCUGAAAAUGCAGGCACCAUCGAACUCAAGGAGAACACAGUCAUAGUCGUGCUCGGCGCUUCAGGUGAUCUGGCAAAGAAGAAGACUUUCCCUGCACUUUUUGGGCUGUUUCGCAACAAGUUCCUCCCCAAAGACAUCAAGAUCAUCGGAUAUGCCCGAACCAAGAUGGACCACGCUGAAUACCUGCGAAGAGUUCGAUCCUACAUAAAGACUCCUACAAAAGACAUCGAGGAACAACUCGACCAAUUUUGCUCCAUCUGCACGUAUAUUGCCGGUCAAUACGACCAAGAUGAGCCUUUCCAGGUCUUGAACAAGCAUAUUGAAGAGAUUGAGAAAACCCGCAAGGAGGGCAACAGAGUCUUCUACAUGGCCCUGCCUCCUAGUGUCUUCAUCACAGUCUCCGAACAUCUCAAGCGGAAUUGCUACCCCCAGAAGGGCAUCGCCAGAAUCAUUAUCGAGAAGCCUUUUGGCAAGGAUCUGGGCAGCUCACGGCAGUUGCAGAAGGCCCUCGAGCCCGAUUGGAAAGAAGAGGAGAUCUUCCGUAUUGACCAUUACCUCGGGAAGGAAAUGGUGAAGAACUUGCUCAUCCUCAGAUUCGGUAACGAGUUCCUCGGAGCUACCUGGAAUCGCAACCACAUCGACAACGUACAGAUCACCUUCAAGGAGCCCUUUGGGACGGAAGGCCGAGGUGGUUAUUUCGACGAGUUCGGUAUCAUUCGUGAUGUCAUGCAGAAUCACUUGCUCCAGGUCUUGACUCUCCUCGCCAUGGAAAGACCAAUUUCUUUCUCCGCCGAAGACAUCCGUGACGAGAAGGUCAGGGUUUUGAGAGCCAUUCCCGCAAUCGAGCCCAAGAACACCAUCAUUGGCCAAUACGCCAAGUCUCUGGAUGGCACCAAACCUGCAUACAAGGAAGAUGACACAGUUCCCAAGGACUCGCGGUGUCCUACGUUCUGCGCGCUGGUAACAUUCAUCAAGAAUGAGCGCUGGGACGGUGUGCCUUUCAUCCUGAAGGCUGGUAAGGCUCUCAACGAGCAGAAGACCGAGAUUCGGGUGCAAUUCAAGGAUGUCACCUCGGGCAUUUUCAAGGAUAUCCCUCGCAACGAGCUUGUUAUCCGCAUUCAACCCAACGAAUCAGUUUACCUCAAGAUGAACUCGAAGCUUCCCGGCUUGUCCAUGCAGACGGUCGUCACCGAGCUGGAUCUCACCUACCGUCGCCGCUUCUCCGACUUGAAGAUUCCCGAGGCAUACGAAAGCUUGAUUCUCGAUGCCAUGAAAGGCGACCAUUCCAACUUCGUGCGUGACGACGAGUUGGAUGCCAGCUGGAGGAUCUUCACCCCGUUGUUGCAUUACCUGGAUGCAAAGAAAGACAUCGUGCCCAUGGAAUAUCCCUAUGGCUCUCGCGGCCCGGCCGUCCUAGAUGAGUUCAUCGCCGCCUACGGCUACAAGUUCAGCGACGCCGCUGGAUACCAGUGGAACACGCAGAGCACACCCAACAAGUUGUAGACUCGCCCGAGGAGCUGCAGUCUCAUUUAUCCUUAUCUACACUCAUGUCGUUGGACUGUUCAUGAGCGGGCGAGCUUGCGUACUUCAAGAGCGAUCUUCUGGGUAGCACGUGAAAGCUCGAGUUCCGGCUCUGCCUCUGAUGUUGGCUAGAGGUCUCGACGACCGUUGCGUUGGGGAAUGGUGCAGAAUACGAGGGACAGCCGCACGCUACAGUGUAUGCUUCUGUAUUGGCGUCAGCGAGUGGCACGGGCAAGGCAGGGCUGGCAUUGACACUAGGACGAGUACCAAUCAAUUUCUAGCACCAACGUGAUGCACCUGGGCAGUACCUGAUAGAUAGACACAAGCUACACAUACAGUCUUUUUUCUGCAUAGACCAGCAAGGGAAAAUCCAGCGGAGUCCGGGAGUGCCAUUCUUUUCCCCUGCUCGAUGGAGGAUACCCAGGCACGUUGCAUCCUGUGGAAUCCUGUAGAGCACAUGUGGACUUCCGAGUAGUUCGACGUACUCUUGGUCUCUCUACGCUGUCUUUGCCAUAGGUUUGUGAGAUGGUCACCGCCACAGCCCCCAACGUCCAGAUAUCCAAAUAUCCAUACAUGUCCAUAUGGAGGCCAAAC